AUGCUGCUGAAUACAAAUAAAAGGUCGAUUGAGGACCUCUUGAAGAUGUUGGCUAUGGGCGAAACGUUGACAUCUUCCCAGGAGAAGGAGAUGAAGGACUAUAAGUUUUGGAAGACACAGCCGGUACCAGCAUUAGACGAGAAAAUUACUAAAGAAGGUCCUAUUGAUGAUAUCAAGACUCCUGCCGAUGUACCUGAUACUCCUUUACCCUUGAUAAAAGAUUUUGAAUGGUGCACUAUAGAUAUCGAAGACGACAAACAACUAGAUGAGUUGUACAAGCUCUUGUAUGACAAUUACGUUGAGGAUACAGAUGCAACGUUUAGGUUCAAGUAUAGUCAUGAGUUUUUCAAAUGGGCAUUGAUGCCACCAAAAUGGGUCAAAGAGUGGCACACGGGGGUCAGGGUAAAGGAGACUGGUAAAUUAGUAGCUUUCAUAGCAGCUACUCCAGUCACCAUCAAAUUGAACAAGUCGGAUACAAUAAUUGAUAGUGUUGAAAUCAACUUUUUAUGUAUACACAAAAAAUUGAGAAACAAGAGACUUGCACCCAUUAUGAUAAAAGAAAUUACAAGAAAAGUUAAUAAACAUGACAUAUGGCAAGCAUUAUAUACUGGAGGAUCAAUAUUGCCCACUCCUUUGGCAACUUGUCGAUAUCAACACCGACCCAUAAACUGGUCCAAAUUGCACGAUGUUGAGUUUAGUCAUUUGCCAGCAAACCAAACAAAAGCCAGCAUGUUGGCUCAUUAUGCAUUGCCCAACGCAACAAAGCUUCCUGGUUUGCGUAGAAUGGAAGAAAAGGAUAUUUCUCAAACUUUGAGCCUUUUGAACAAAUACCAAGAAAGAUUCGAUAUUGUGGAAAUUUUCAACGAAGAAGAAUUUAGACAUUGUAUGUUGGGAUCUAAUACUAACGAAACAUCCACAUCCAACGUCAUCAAGUCUUUUGUGGUUGAAAACGCCGAGGGGAAAAUAACCGAUUUUUUUUCCUACUAUUUAUUGCCGUUUACAGUGUUGGAGAAUACACAUCACGACGAAUUGGGAAUUGCUUACUUAUUCUACUAUGCAACAGAUGCAAAAGAUGAAAAGUACAAGCCUAGACUAACCGAUUUGAUCACAGAUGCAUUGAUUACAUCCAAGCAGUACAAUGUCGACGUCUUCAACUGUUUAACGAGUCAAGACAAUACAUUCUUUUUGAAAAAUUGCAAGUUUGGUAGCGGUGAUGGGUUCUUAAAUUAUUACUUGUUUAAUUAUAAAACGUUCCCAAUGAAUGGUGGAAUAGACCCACAAACAAAACAAGUAAUUGAAGAUACUACCAGUGGUGUUGGUGUAGUCUUGUUAUGA